UCCGGGCCGUCGCGAGCGCUGAGGAGACAAAGCCGCGUCCGGGGGCCCGGUCGGAGGUGGGCCCGGGGCUCGGUGGCGCCCCAGACCGCGGGGAGAACUCUGCGGACCCGCACGCCGCCCCGCCACCCGCCGUCGCUUUGCAACAGGUCCGCCGCCUCCCGGGCGGCCUCCCUCUGCGCUCCCCUCCCCCGCACCGCGCGACCCCCGGGGCGCCUCCACUCGGCUCCGAGCCGCCGUCUGGCCACCCUCUUCGAUGCGGUUCGGGUCCAAAAUGAUGCCGAUGUUUCUUACCGUGUACCUCAGCAACAAUGAGCAGCACUUCACAGAAGUCCCAGUUACUCCGGAAACCAUCUGCAGAGAUGUGGUGGAUCUUUGCAAAGAACCUGGCGAGAGCGAUUGCCACCUGGCUGAAGUGUGGUGCGGCUCCGAACGUCCAGUUGCCGAUAAUGAGCGAAUGUUUGAUGUCCUGCAACGGUUUGGAAGUCAGAGGAGUGAAGUUCGGUUCUUCCUUCGCCAUGAACGGCCCCCUGGCAGGGACGUUGUGAGCGGACCAAGGUCUCAGGAUCCAAGUUUAAAAAGAAAUGGUGUGAAAGUUCCGGGUGAACAUCGAAGAAAGGAGAAUGGCGUUAAUAGUCCUAGGAUGGACCUGACACUUGCUGAACUUCAGGAAAUGGCAUCUCGCCAGCAACAACAGAUUGAGGCCCAGCAACAAAUGCUGGCCACUAAGGAACAGCGCUUAAAGUUUUUGAAACAGCAAGAUCAGCGUCAACAGCAACAAGCUGCUGAACAGGAAAAGCUUAAGAGGCUCAGAGAAAUAGCUGAGAAUCAAGAAGCUAAGCUGAAAAAAGUGAGAGCGCUUAAAGGCCACGUGGAACAGAAGAGGCUGAGCAACGGGAAACUUGUGGAGGAAAUUGAACAGAUGAAUAGUUUGUUCCAGCAAAAGCAGAGGGAGCUCGUUCUGGCUGUGUCAAAAGUAGAGGAACUUACAAGACAGCUAGAGAUGCUCAAGAACGGCAGGAUUGAUGGUCACCAUGACAACCAGUCCGCGGUGGCUGAGCUUGAUCGGCUGUACAAGGAGCUGCAGUUAAGAAACAAACUGAACCAGGAGCAGAAUGCCAAGCUGCAACAACAGAGGGAGUGCUUGAAUAAGCGCAAUUCAGAAGUGGCGGUCAUGGACAAGCGUGUUAAUGAGCUCAGGGACCGGCUGUGGAAGAAGAAGGCGGCCCUGCAGCAGAAAGAGAACCUUCCAGUUUCGUCUGAUGGACACCUGCCCCAGCCGGGGGCGUCGGGGCCGAGUCGAGUGGCUGCGGUCGGUCCCUAUAUCCAGUCGUCGACGAUGCCCCGGCUUCCCUCGAGGCCGGAGCUUCUGGUGAAGCCAGCCCUGCCCGAUGGGCCUGGGGCCACGCAGGCUUCCGAGGGGUCCGUGAAAGUCCAGACACUGCCCAACAUGAGAUCUGGGGCCGCUUCACAAGUGAAAGGCUCUAAAAUCCAUCUGCUUGGCCCUGAUUGGACUCCUCCGAAUGCAGAUCUUUUCUCGAGCCAACAGGCCUCUGCUUCUGUGUCCAAAAGCUCUGGGAACGUUCCAGACCAAGCUGAUGAUGGGGAGGUUCCGCUGAGGGAGAAGGAGAAGAAAGUGCGUCCCUUUUCAAUGUUUGACACCGUGGACCAGUCUGCUGCCCCACCCGCCUUUGGUACCCUGAGGAAGAACCAGAGCAGUGAAGACAUCUUGCGGGAUGCUCAGGCUGCAAAUAAGAAUGUAGCUAAGGUACCACCUCCUGUUCCAUCAAAACCAAAACAGAUUAAUUUGCCUUAUUUUGGACAAACGAAUCAGUCGCCCUCAGACAUUAAGCCAGACGGAAACCCUCAGCAGUUGUCAGCGGCUGUUGCAUCCAUGGGAAACAAACCCAAACCAGCAGGGCAGCAGCAGAGGGUCCUGCUGGCUGCCAGCAUGCCUUCAGUUGGCCAGGCAGACCAGACCCUUCCUCCAGGUUCUAAGCAAGAAAGUCCCCCUGCUGCUGCUGUCCGGCCCUUCACGCCUCAGCCUUCCAAGGAUACCCUCCUUCCGCCCUUCAGAAAACCCCAGACCGUGGCUGCCAGCUCCAUAUACUCCAUGUAUACCCAGCACCAGGCUCCCGGCAAAAACUUCCAGCAGGCCGUGCAGAGCGCGUUGACCAAGUCCCACUCCCGAGGGCCCCACUUUCCGAGCGUUUAUGGCAAGCCUGUGAUUCCUACUGCCCAGAACCCACAGCAGCUCCCAGAGAACAUUUAUUCCAAUACCCAGGGCAAACCUGGCAGCCCGGAACCUGACGCAGAGCCCAUUUCUUCAGCUCAGGAGACCCAUGAAAACGAAAGAAUUCCUAGGCCACUGAGCCCAACCAAAUUACUGCCUUUCUUAUCUAAUCCUUACCGAAACCAGAGCGAUGCUGACCUAGAAGCCCUGCGAAAGAAACUGUCGAACGCACCACGGCCGCUAAAGAAACGCAGCUCUAUUACAGAGCCAGAGGGUCCUAAUGGGCCGAAUAUUCAGAAACUUCUGUAUCAGAGGACCACCAUCGCCGCCAUGGAGACCAUCUCCGUCCCGGCACACCCAUCCAAGUCCACUUCUGGGACUGCCAGCCCGGAAAGCCCGAUGGAGAUCCAGAAUCCAUAUGUGCACGUGGAGCCAGAGAAGGAGGCGCUCCCUGUGGCCCCCGAGCCGGUGUCCCCGGGGGAAGCAGGGAGCGCCAGUACAGAGAGCGGUGGCCUGCCCGCUCCUUCUCCGGGCCUUGAGUAUGAGCCUGAAGGAGUCCCAGACAGCAGUCCAAGUUUCCAGGACAACGUGGAAGAGCCAAACCCAGAGGCUCCCCCUCUGCUUGAAGUGUACCUCGAGGAGUACCCCCCCUACCCACCCCCGCCGUACCCUUCUGGGGAACCAGAAGGCCCAGGAGAAGACCCUGUGAGCCUGCGUCCGCCUGAGAUCACUGGGCAGGUUUCUCUGCCUCCUGGCAAAAGGACAAACUUGCGUAAAACUGGUUCAGAGCGGAUAGCUCAUGGAAUGAGGGUGAAAUUCAACCCCCUUGCUUUACUUCUAGAUUCCUCUUUGGAGGGAGAAUUUGACCUGGUACAGAGAAUUAUAUAUGAGGUUGAUGACCCAAGCCUGCCUAAUGAUGAAGGUAUCACAGCUCUUCACAACGCCGUGUGUGCAGGACACACAGAAAUUGUUAAAUUCCUGGUACAGUUUGGUGUAAAUGUCAAUGCUGCUGACAGUGAUGGAUGGACCCCGCUGCAUUGCGCUGCCUCCUGUAACAGCGUCCAGGUGUGUAAGUUUUUGGUGGAGUCCGGAGCCGCUGUGUUUGCCAUGACCUACAGUGACAUGCAGACGGCUGCUGAUAAAUGCGAGGAAACGGAGGAAGGCUACACCCAGUGCUCGCAGUUUCUUUACGGCGUUCAGGAGAAGAUGGGAAUAAUGAACAAAGGGGUCAUUUACGCCCUCUGGGACUAUGAACCUCAGAAUGACGACGAGCUGCCCAUGAAGGAAGGAGACUGCAUGACCGUCAUCCGCAGGGAAGACGAAGAUGAGGUCGAAUGGUGGUGGGCCCGCCUGAAUGACAAGGAGGGAUACGUUCCGCGCAAUUUGCUGGGACUAUACCCAAGAAUUAAACCAAGACAAAGGAGCUUGGCUUGAAACUUUGCACACUUUUAGUUAAUGAAGAAUUAAUCUGUUACCGAUAAGAAGAAAUAAUAUGAUCGUUUGUGGCAAAAAUUUUGUAAGACUUAUUUUAAUGACAAACUAACUUGAAAGCAAUGAAGAACGGGCUCUGGAAGCAAAUGAAGGCUUGGAGCGGUCACUCCAAGUUGGUGGAGGACGCUCAGCACGAUGGAAUGAACGGAGCUCGUCAGGAAGCUGACCACUCCGCGCUGGAUGCGGCUACUCCGUGUCACGCUCCGAAAGAUACACGGUGACCGUCCUGUUCUCUGCAAGAAACGGGACCACUUAUUGGGCUACUGGGAGAUCAGCUUUAUGGUCUGCUUAAGUGGGCGUUUCUCCAGUGCCUGCCCCUGUCCCCGUCCUCCCACCAGAAGGAGCAGUGCCAUCAUGGUGCCAUCUCAGAUUGUCCCCCAGCGCCAGCAGGCCCGUGGGGGACUCACAUGGAGGCUCGAAGGUGCCGCACACUUGUCGUCCGUGAAGAGCUGUUUGUUGGUUGUCAGCGAGCAAUAACUUUAUGGCAUGAGUUCUUGUAGCGUCAUGUAUUCAAAAUAUUGAAACCACACUACACCACAGGUAAUUAGAUUGAGACUCUUGUUUUUUAGGCUGAAGUUUGAAUCUAUAUUUAUUGCCUUUUUAUCUUGGAAAUUAGAGACUUGCUAUAUAGACUUACCCAUGAUAUUUGUCAAGAUCAUAGCUGACUUUAAAAACAAUUGUAAUAAAGUUAAACUUUUUGACUCUAAGCUUUUUACUGGCUUUAGUUUUUUAUGUCAUGUUAACAGCCUUGUUUAACUAAGUUCCUAAGCCAUUGGAAUAUCGUACCCUGCUGAAAAUGAAAAAUAAUAAGAAUUUUUUUUUUACCAGCCAUGUGAUUAAACGUAAGUAUUUCUUUGCUCAGUUUUGCAAUUUGUGAGUUUUGUGGCGGUCUUUGUUAUAGAAUUAAGAUGUAUUUUUAAAGAUCCUAGAGGCCAUGGUGCCAGAAACUUGUACCUUUACCUAGAGCUUCUGAUAGGCUGUUUCAGUGUCCUUAUUUUAUUUCACAUUCUUCAUAGAGUUAUAUACAUUUAUGGGAUGAAAACUUAUGUAGACACAGUCUGCACGUCGUUUUAUUAAUAUGUUACCAAGUUUGUGAAUUUUGGGCGAACUCAUUUUGCUUAGUGAAACUGUUUCAUUUCAUAGAAGAUACAGGUGAAAAAAACCAACGGUCACUUUUCCUUAUACAUUUUUAGGAGUAGCUAACUUCUAGCAAAAAAGGAAGAUAGAUGAAUGACAGAACAUAUGAUGCCUUUCAGAGUAAUGCAGAAGUAGUGACAGCAUGGCUGAAACAUCAGGAGACCUGUGUGGUAGACAGAAUUCUAAAGAUGCCCCUCCAGCCCCUCAUAUUCCUGUCCUGUGGUGCUAUGGACUGAAUGUUUGUGUCCCCCUAGAAUUCAUGUUGAAGCCCCAACACCCAAUGUGAUAGUAUUUGGAGGUGGGGCCUUUGGGAGGUGAUUAGGUUUAGAUGAGGUCCUGAGGGUGGGUCUGCGUGAUGAGAUUAGUGUCCUCAUAAGAGGAAGAGUCUAGUGCACUAUGUGAGGAUACCCCAAGAAGGCUGCCAUUCUCACCAGACACUGAAUCUGCCGGCACCCUGAUCCUGGACUUCGCAGCCUCCAGAAUCAUGAGAACUAAAUGUUACUUAAGCCACACAGCCUGUGGUAUUUUGUUACAGCAGCUUGAGCAGACUGAGACACCUGGUUAUUUAAUCAAGCACUCAUCCAGGUACUGCCGUGAAGGAUUUUUCAGAUUUAAAUUAAAUUUACGAAUCAACUGACCUGACUGACAGUAGGGGGAUUAUCCUGGGCCCAUCCCAGGUGGGCCCAACUUGAGCCCUUCAAAGCAGGAGAGAAGAGGCCGAAGGGGAGGUCAGCGAGAUUUGAAGUGAAGGGAUUGACCUGCCAUUGCUGGCUUUGAAGGUGAAGGGGUCAUGAGCCAGGCAAUGUGGAAGCUGAGGAAACCCCUGGCUGACAGCCGGCAAGGAAACGGGGACCGCGGUUUUACGACAACAUGGACCUGAAUUCUGCCAACCUGAGUGGGCCUGGAAACAGAUCCUCCUCCAGUCUCCAGCAAGAAUGCGUCACCCGAUAAGAGAGGUGUGGGACUUUAGCCUACAGAACUGGGAGAUGGUGGGUGUUCUUCGAGCCACCAAGUUUGUGCUAACAUGUUACAGCAGCGUAGGAGCCAAAAAAAUAAUGCAUUCUCGUCCUGGGCUGGUGCACUUACUCAUCCGUCCUGUGACCUUGCCCGGGACACUCAGCCUUGUGUGUAUAAUCUGAGAUGGGGUCGAGGGAAACCAUACUAAGGACUAUACGUGAAGGUACCUGGGAACCCGCGACAAAUUGCACCAAUGUAUGAAAAGGGAAGAUGGGAAAAUUGGGAAAAUGUGAUCGUCUCACUUUUAUUUCCUUAGUCCGAAACUUAGAGCAUCAUUUGCUUUUAUUCUCCCUUUGGGGUUUUUUUACUUGCUUGUUUUACUAUCAGAAUAUCCGUAUAUUAAAGCUCCCUAUAGGGAAUUCCCUGGCAGUCCAGUGAUUAGGACUCCGCGUGGCACAGCCGGGGGAAAAAAAAAAGCUCCUUAAAAGUAUAGAAAGGGGCUUCCCUGGUGGCGCGGUGGUUGCGCGUCCGCCUGCCGAUGCAGGGGAGCCGGGUUCGCGCCCCGGUCUGGGAGGAUCCCGCGUGCCGCGGAGCGGCUGGGCCCGUGAGCCGUGGCCGCUGGGCCUGCGCGUCCGGAGCCUGUGCUCCGCGACGGGGGAGGCCACAGCAGGGGGAGGCCCGCA